AUGGUGCCUUCUUUCGUAUCGAUAACGGCUUUCCUCGCUAUCUCACUCGAAACCGUUUUAAUUCCUGUCGUAAUGAAGCCUGCAGCAUAUGCCGCCCUUUUCGUGUCAUCCACUGUCCUGGCGUUCCCAGUCCAACUCCAAAAAAGAGACGACAUUGAUGUCGAUAUCUUACAGUUUGCUUUGACUUUGGAACACCUGGAAAAUGCUUUCUUCAAGCAAGCUCUAUCGAACUAUACACAGGACGACUUCACCAAUGCCAAUUUCACGGAAGACUUCUACACACAACUGAAGUACAUUACACACGACGAGGAGACCCACGUGUCGUUCCUGGAGACCGCUCUGACAGCCGCUGGAGUGACUCCCGUGGAAGCUUGCUCUUACAGCUUUCCCGUCACCACGCCGCAAGAAUUCGUGCAGUUGGCAGCGAUUAUUGAUGGUGUUGGAAUAUCUGCGUAUCUGGGUGCCGCUCCCCUCGUAACUUCUAAGCAGUACCUAACCGUCGCAGGCUCUAUCUUAGCCACAGAGGCGCUCCACCAAGCUGCUUCGCGCAAUGCGGUGGGCGAGAUCCCCAUGGCCAACCCAUUUGCUACUCCAAUGGGUGCAAACGCCGUGUACUCCCUAGCAUCGCAGUUCAUCGUUUCGUGUCCAUCUUCGAAUAUGGCUCUGCCUUUCAGGGCCUAUCCAGCGCUCGAGCUUGCCCAGGGAAUGCCUGUUGCGCAGAAUAUCAGCGUCUCAUUUUCUGCUGCCGGUCAGCUGCCUUCCUCGCAGUCGUACAUCACAUUUGUGAGUGGAUUGGAUGUUGUACCCGUGGCGGCCACAGUAUCCGACAACUUGGUUUCUGCCGAUGUGCCUGCCCAACUUUCAGGCCAGUCAUAUGCGUUUUUGACCUCUGACAAUUCUCAAAAUUUGACGGAUGCGAAUAUUCUAUUUGGUCCUGCAAUUCUGGAGGUCACCCCACUCAGCCCAACGUUCAACACAUCCCUACUUUAG